AUGGCUGGUCCUAGCAAGUCUCUGGUCCUUGACCCGGCCUACCAGAAGUUCUACGAACUCAACUCCAACCGUUACAAGUACUGGCGCUGGACCCCCCGCCAUGCCUCGCUCGCCUUCGUCUACAUGGGUGUGAUCCCCAGUAUCAUCACCUACUUCGCGUACAAGUACGAGGGCAAAUUCGAGUUCCGCGGAAAGCGUCGGGGAGAUACCAUCUCUGAGUGGUAG